AUGCCCAUUAAAGCCAUUAAAGCCAUUAAAGCGGAAGAAACUGCAAAAGACCUUUCUAAAGAGGAAGAUUCCGAUACUCAACACGUUAAAGAGUCUGAUGAAUCUAGUUCAGAUUCUACUGAAGAAGAGGAAGAGGAGGUAGAGGAGGAAGAAGGGGGAGUCGCGUUAGACGAUUUAUCUGAGGAAGAGGUGGACGAAGAUGUUGUACCUCAACAGCAUGUCACAAUAAAUAAUAAGUCAGUAUUAAAAAAAAUUUAUCAAGAUAUUAAGCUUGAUGUACCGUGGAUUGAAACCCAAGCGAUAACUUCUUUAGAACCUGCAAAUAUCAAGGAUAUUAAUAACGACAUAGAACGUGAAUUAACAUUUUACAAGCAAGCACUUGAAGCAGCUGUAGAAGGACGUAACAAAACUACAGAGUUGGGAGUAGCAUUUUCUAGACCUGAUGAUUAUUUUGCAGAAAUGGUAAAAUCUGACGAACAUAUGACAAAAAUACGUAAAAAAUUAAUUGAUGAGGAACAAAAAAUAAAAGCGAGUGAAGAUGCCAGACGUAAACGUGAAUUAAAGAAAUUUGGCAAAAAAGUUCAAAUUGAACGUUUACAAGAACGUCAAAAACAAAAAAGAGAAGAUCUAGAAAAAAUUAAAGCUAUGAAAAAAAAAAGGAAAGGUAUUGAAGAUACUGCUGUGGAUGAUGAUUUUGAAAUUGCUUUAGAAGAAGCUGCUGAUAAGGAUAAUAGACCUAAUAAUAAUAGACCUAACAAAAAACAAAAAACUGGAAAACCUUCUAAACGUACUUAUAAGGAUACUAAAUUUGGCUUUGGCGGAAAGAAACGUCAUGCUAAAUCAAAUACUGCACAAUCUUCUGGUGAUUUAUCAAUAUUUGAUGGUGGAAAAUCCACAAAAAAAAAGAAAAUCACAAAAACGCGCCCUGGAAAAGCUAGACGUCAAGCUGCAAGAAAUAAAAGACAAUGA